AUGACCUACAACAUCCCUAACAAUAAAUUUGUGUUUACACUCCAUAAUUGGACUCCAGCUGACUGGGAGCACCUGAAACGCUUCUCAAAAGAGAAUGAACACGUGGCCUAUCUCAAAGUAGCCCAAGAAACCGGUAGCGAAGGAGAAUCUCCUCAUUUGCAAGGCUGUGUUUACUUCAACUCCCGCACCUUUAAGAAGCAGCGUCCAUCGGCUAUUUCCAAACUCCUCAUGGGACCCAACAAGAACGUCUGCCUUCCCGACCCCAAGAAUCCAGGCAUGUAUCUCAAACACCACUACCAUGUAGACGGAAUGAGAGGCACCCUUCAAGAAGCUGCCGACUACUGCGGUGCCAUGUUCAAGGAACAAGGAUGUAAGAUCCACGAACAAGGCAAGAUCCCAACCACCCAACAAGGUCGACGUACUGAUCAUGAAGAAGCCCAAGAAAAGAUAAUCGAAGCAGCCAAAGCCGGCACGGCAUUUGAUGAUGUCAAGCUUAUGCUCCCCCGGUUCGCCGACCAAUCCCUCGAAUGGAUGCGCAAUCUGUAUCUCCAACACAGACCUCAACUUGAAAACUUCUUUGAUCACAACCCUCUAUACAAAUGGCAGAAGGACCUAGCAACCUAUUUAAACAGCAAGAAACCUGACCCUCGUAAAAUCCUGUUCGUGGUGGACAUUGAAGGCAACCUAGGGAAGACCAAAUUUGCUCUCAAUGCACAACAUCUCAUCCCAGACAAGGAUGUAUUUCAUUGCACCCCCAAAGACGGCAAAUCUCUCUCAUCUUUGGUUCCUGACGAUGGCACAGACAUCUUCCUCAUCGAUUCUCCACGGAAAGUACAGUACGAUUUACCUUAUGAUUUCAUAGAGGAAGUGAAGAAUGGAUUUGUCACCAACACCAAAUACCAAUGCUGUAAGAAAGAAUUCAAAGUUCCUCAUGUAGUUGUGUUCAUGAACAGCCAUCCCCAGUUCGGGAAGUGUAUUCUUUCGAAAGAUCGUUACGUCAUUAUCGAGCCAUCCCUAACACCCGAGGAACGAUUGAAACUAGAGCAACAGGAGGAGGAAGAACAGGACCCAUACAUUCAGCAGUUCAUGGAACGCACUAUUGCCUGGCAAGAAGAAAGAGAAGUCCACAAUGAAGAAAGGCAGGAGGAACGCGCUGCUAAGCGAGCCCGUACUGCUCAAUAA